CUGCGCGCGAGCUCGUGAGAUACGCGGCACGACAUGACUUUUGUGCGAGCCUCGUGAGACGCGCGACAUGCACAUGACUUUUGUGUUGCGCUCCCCAAGCCCGGGCGCGCGGCACGACACGCGUCGCGAGUGCUUUCGUCUCGCAGCGGCGGCGCGACGCAGGGCUGGCGGCCCUCUGGGGCAGCGCCGGUGCGCGGCAGGGCGGAAACGGGUAUUGAGCUUGCAAAAUGCAAAGAUGCAGCCGCGCAGCGCGGCAUGGUGGCCGCGGUCACCGCGAUCAGCCCAUCCAUGCUAUAUGUGCUGCUCUCGCGGGCUCUGUGCAGUUUUGCGUUGCCAGCUCAGGUUGCGCGUUCAUCGCCAUGUGCUCAAUGCCACACCGCAGCAUUCUGGAUUCCGGCAGUUUGCGGCAAACGCGCACUGCUGACCAAUUGAGACACUGUGAUUUGAC